UUCAUGGAAUUUUUUAUUUCUUUUUAGGCAGAGAGGUAAUUUCAGAAAACCAAGAUUCAGUUCCAAAGCAGAGAAUUUCUGGAAAAGAAUCAUCUCCUGGAGUGAUUAUGACAAGACUGACCAAAAGCGGAUCCCCUUCUUUAGAUGCUUGGAUGAGCAAUGAUUGGUUAUAUAGGAACCAGGAACACUGGGACUUAAAUUUGCCAGAAGAAGCUUUUGUUCAUAAGACAGUCUACACUGAAGUGGGAAACUUUGAAGGUAGUGAGAAUAAGAAAAGUUUAGAUGUUAAGUCAGUUAAUUCAACUUUGGGUAUACAACAAGGAAUUCCUAUGAGAAAAGGGUCCUCAAAAUGUGGUAAGUUUAAAACUAACUUCAAAUUUAAUUUAGACUCUGGUAAGCAAUAUUCAGAAUAUAAUGAAUGUGGGAAUGCCUUGAGCCUGAGUAUAGAUAUUCAACACCCAGGAAGUCAUACCUUAGUGAAUUCCUAUGAAUGCUAUCAAUGUGGGAGAGCCUUCAGUCGGAGUUCAUCCCUCAUUAGACAUCAGAUCAUUCACACAGGAGAGAAACCUUAUAAAUGUAGUGAAUGUGGGAGAUUCUUCAACAGACGUACAAACCUUACUAAGCAUCAAAAAAUUCAUGCUGAAGCAAAGGUCUGUGAAGGCAAUAAAUGUAGAAAAGGUUUUAGUGAGACUGAAGACAGUAAUAAAAAUUCAAGACUUCAUUCUGGAGAUAAUCCCUACGAAUGUGUUAAUUGUGGAAAAUCCUUCAGCCGAAGCUCUUCCCUUAUUCGACAUCAAAUGAUUCAUACAGGAGAGAAACCAUUCAAAUGUAAGGAAUGUGAGAAAACUUUCAACAGGAGUUCAAACCUUAAAAAACACCAAAAACUUCAUACUCAGGAGAAGUCCUGUAAAAGGAAGAAACCCAUGAUUAACUACAUCAAUGAAUUUAUACUAGAGGGAAUCCUGUGAAUAGAGUAAAUGCAAGAAAACAUUGGUCAGGGAUUCUUCUUUAAUUGAUAUGACAGAAUUAAUAUUGGAGAGAAAUCUGUUACUGGGUAGGAGUAUGCUCCCAAAUGAAGCCACAAAGGUUUGGAGUUAAAUGUAUCACCAUACAAGUCUUUGCCUAUCAUUAUUCUGAUAUCCAUUGCCAUCAUCAUUCCUAGUUCAUAAAUGGGACCUAUGGCAUCCUUAUAUUCACAUGAUUUAUUGAAGUAGAUAUUAGGGAGGAGCCAGGCAAUACCCUUGCCAUUGAUAUUUAAUAAAACUCAAACUUUCAGUCCUUAUAAGAAGGUCAUGAGAAACCAGGAGCUCACAAGAAUAUAGGAAUACUUCUAAGGACUGAAUUUCCUGAAUUAAUGGCAGAGACCAUAGGAAUGGCAAAUUACUCCAUGAUAAUAUCCUUGGCCGUCCUGGUGCUGAGUGGGGACUAGAAUUGGAGGAGGGUUAUCAAUUGCAGUGGGAAGUGGAUUCUAUAUAUAGUCGUCAAAUCUGCGUUUUUAAAAGUACUCUUUGGGAUCUAGGCCCGAGGGACAUCCAUAGUCUUGGGUCUAUCAUUUAUUCUAAGCAUUAAGAGGUCAAUAAAGUGUCUUAAUACUCUGUGCACUAGUUUCCUCUUUCUUCUAUAAGUUAUUUCUGUAAGUUACCUUUGAGAUCCUGAGCCAAGAAAUUUAUCUUUAAUCUGCCCCAAAAUAUUCAUAUUGGAGAGAUUCCCAAUGAAUGAGGAUGGUGGCUUUUGGUUAAAGCUCAUAUCUUACUCAAAAACAGAAAAGGUAUACUGGAGUGUGAACACUUAUGAUUAGUUAAUGUGCAAAGUUAUUCUAUGUUCAUUUGUUCUAUGGUUUCAGAUCUUUAAUCCAUUUUUUA